UGUUUAACAGAUGAAUGUUCAAUACCAGGGUGGUUGAAAAUGAAAUAAAACUGAAAGAAAGAAGAAAUUUAACAUGCUAUCUAUUCUCUGCUAUGCACAAACCUUGUAAAGCAAUCUGUCACUCACGCAAACUUAAGGAAAUAUUAUCAAGAGCAGUGAAUUUUCUACCAGCUAAGCAUUGGUCACCAUGAAUCUGAUUAUAGUUCAUGGAAUCCCGUCACGCUCAAUUUCCCACUGCAGUGACAUAAUUUCCUUGUUAAGUCGGGUUUACGACUCAGCCCCCCUGUAGUCGACAAUGUCAAAGAGAUUUCAAAGAAGAAGAUUUUGUCAUGGUGUUGGUGUAUGGAUGGAUGACGUCUAUCACGUGCCAUCAAUCAAUUAGUGAUCAGUUCCUUGUUUCAUAUCUAGGAAAUUAAAAAUACGAAAGCGAUAUAUAAGGGCGAUUGUUGAUGGUGGGGUCGUGCUCAUAUCAGAAUGACGCUCGAUGCUCUCGCUGACCAAACCUUAAAUAAGUCCUCUGCUUCACAUUCGAUCCUGCAUUUGGACCAGGAAGAAGUUUUUGAAGUUUCUGCAUGUUUUCGCAAUAAUUAGUCGCAGAAACACGUGGAAUUUCUUCAAAGACGAAAAAAAAUAAAAAAAAUUGCUGAUUUCAAUUUAUCAUAUCAUCAAAAAAAAAAAAAACAGAUUUCUCCAUGCAUAAUAAAAUGAGCGGUGGUUCAAGACAGAGUUCCAGUUACCAUCUUCCUCAGAAUAAGACAGUCUAGCAAACAACAUUUCUAUUAUUGUACUGUGUAUAGAAUAUCACGAGUAUGGAAGGAGAAGGGAAAAUUGCGGCAAAUACAACUAUGUCUAUGGUGACAACUUCAGAGGGUCCUCAGCAACUUUACACCCAAGCCGGUCUCGUGCUGAUAUCUUUGGUCGUUUCUAUCAUUAUAACCCUGACAGUGACUGGCAAUAUCCUUGUGAUCCUUGCUUACUGUCGGGAUCCUCGCAUCCGUGACAAAGUGGCCAAUCUCUUGAUUCUAAAUCUCGCCAUCACGGAUCUGAUCGUGGGAGUGUUCAGUCUCAUUUUCAAUUUCUCAAGGUUCGUCCGUGGGUACUGGCCGUACGGUGAGGUCCUCUGCAAGCUUUGGACGAUCCUGGACUUCACGGUGUGCUGGAUGUCUAUCAUCACGAUUGUCCUGAUCAGUUGGGAUCGCUACACCCUGGUCAGGUUGGGCAUCCAGUAUAAGACCUAUCAGACGAAGCAUCGUGUAGGGUCAAUCCUCAUCACCUGUUGGAUAUUCGUCGUGAUCUACUGGACCAUGAUCGCUUUCACCUGGGGUCCCUUCAGGAAGAUGAAUGCUGUUAAUUACGAUGUCACAUGCAGAAUGGAGUUCAAUUACACCCGUUUAGCCCCACUCUACAUAAACCUACUACCAUUCUGUACCUUGCUGUCAAUUGCGAUCGCGAUGAAUGUGUCCGUCUACGUCAACAUCUAUAGAAGAUCUAAAGGAAGACAGAUCAGCCCUCCGUAUCGCAACAAGAAUACCCCAAGCCAUUCCGUGGAUCAAGACACCAACGAGUCAUCCUGUCGUUACACACCUUCUGAAGGUUCGGCUUGCCUCGAGCAUGUCCAAGAGGUUAGGCCUGAAAACAAGCCGACGCCAACUCGUCAAAUCCCGAGGUCUCAUCCGGAAAAAGGCCUGCCCGACUACAGCGAAAUCGCAAGGACUAUGAAAAAGGAGAAAAUCGCCCUUGCGAGGCACCGAAAAGCAGCCAUAGUUUUGUCCAUACUCACGGGGACCUUCAUGGCAUUCUGGUUACCGUACAAGAUCAUGACGGUGGUUUUUUCGAUCUGUGGAUCUGAAUGUAUUUCUGAUGUUGCCUGGGAAGUCACCGAGGUACUGGCCUGGUGCAACUCGACCAUCAAUCCCCUGAUCUAUGCUGCUUUCAACGUCCAUUUUCGCAAAAACUUUCGCUACUUCCUGCAGCUUGAUCGAUGCAAAGGCGAUAAAAGGAAAUGGUUUGUCAGAUGUGAAAGGUGUGUUGAAAAUUAAAAACAGCCAAUUCUAUAUGUUUUUCAUCCUCAUAUAAGAGUCUCUAUUAUCAAACAAACUUGUUGGGCAACAUAUUGUCCACUUUGUUGGGUAAUGUAUGUUGGUUAGUAUAUAUAUUGUGCGUCCCACAAAAAUCGAGACCGGAAUUUAUCGAUGAUUU